UUGAAAUUGUGUAUAUAUUCAGGUAAAAGGAGAAGGAAUUUUAGUCUCAGACUAACGAACAUUACAAGCAGUCUCGACUUCAAUCGACCAAAGAAGACACAUUCUUAAGAUGUCCAUGGUACCACUUCUAUUCCGUGACUGGUGGGAUGAAGAUGACUUCACCCGUCCAUCUCGUCUUUUGGACCAACACUUUGGACUUGGAUUGAGGAGAGACGAUCUCCUCAACUCCUUGAGUACAUUACCUAGAAGAUCCCGCGUUAGCAACUACAUCAGACCAUGGAACACUACCACUUCCCUUCAGAGACAGGAUUCUGGGUCCACCAUUACACAGGAUAAGGACAAAUUCCAGGUAAUUUUAGACGUCCAACAAUUCGCUCCCAACGAAAUUACAGUAAAAACCAAUGGUAGCAACAUCGUGGUGGAAGGAAAACACGAAGAGAAACAGGAUGAACACGGUUACAUCUCAAGGCACUUCGUCAGGAGGUACGUCUUACCCGAGAGCCACGAUAUUGGUGGAGUAGUCUCAUCUCUAUCCUCUGAUGGAAUUUUGACUGUCAGCGCGCCAAAGAAGUCCGAGAAGCCACUCAACACUGAACGCGUUGUACCAAUCACCAAGACCGGACCAGCUAAGAACACCGUACAGCCCACUGACCCAGAACCAACUAUCGAACACCCAAAAAACUGAACAAUUAAUUAAAGGCUGAUAUUUAACAAACAUUUCUUGUCGUUUUAUACAAUAAUUUAUUUACAUAUUUAUUGACGUAUUUAAUAAACAUGUCCUGACUUUUA